AUGGAUUCCUCACAGUACUACCACAACAAUCAUCACCACAACUCACACCGCCAUCACCACAAGUCACUCUCGCAGCAACAGUCGUCCGCCUCCCUCUCGUCGACGAACCGGGGCACCCCGCCGCUGCAUACAUAUCUUCCCUCCUCAGCCUCAAUGCCUAUGCCUUUAAGAACGGCAAACAGCACACCCAUGUCUUCUCCAGGCCUCUUCAGCCCGUCGGCCUCUCGACAAAACCUCGUCACAUCCGUUUCCGAAAAUAAUACGCCGCCCAAUUAUGCGCAGAGUCCACUAUUGCAUCCUUUGCAAAUGCACAAAGUCAGAGAGACACACAAGGCGCUCAUUGAUUCAGAUACCGCUACAGGCCGGAAACUCAUCAACCAAUAUGAAGUGAUCGAAGAAAUUGGCCGCGGCAUGCACGGCAAAGUCAAGCUGGCCCGGAACCUCGAGACAGGUGAAAACGUCGCCAUCAAGAUUAUUCCACGGUUCUCCAAGAAGCGACGUCUCGGAAAGGUCACGGCAAAGUCUCCCCAAGACAAGACGAAAAAGGAGAUCGCCAUCUUGAAAAAGAUCCGCCACCCCAAUGUAGUCGCCCUCCUCGAAGUCAUCGAUGACCCCCGAACUCCAGAAGAUUUACAUGGUCCUCGAACAUUGCUUGGAUUGGAGUAUCUUCACUAUCAAGGUGUUGUUCACCGUGAUAUUAAGCCGGCCAAUCUUCUAUGGAGUAAGGAACACCGCGUCAAGAUCUCUGAUUUUGGCGUCUCCUACUUUGGCCGACCUAUCCGUGACGGUGAAUUUGACGACACUGUGUCAGAGUCCGAGGCUAAGGACUUUGAUGAUGAUCUUGAACUCGCCAAGACAGUUGGAACACCCGCCUUCUUCGCUCCCGAGUUGUGCUACACCGACUUGGAUACCGAGCAGCCAAGGGUUUCCGAACAAAUCGACGUUUGGUCUCUCGGUGUGACUCUUUACUGCCUAAUCUACGCCCGAAUUCCCUUCCUUGCUGAAGACGAGUUCCAGAUGUUCCGAAAGAUUGCCACCGAAGAGGUUUACAUCCCCAAGCGCCGCUUGAUGCCCGUUCAUCCUUCCACUUCACCCGCUGCUACAUCCCUUUACAAGCGACAAAAUACCCACCCCUACCGCGACGACAAUGAUCUAGUUUAUGAGGAAGUCGACAACCGCCUUAUUGAUCUUCUGCGACAGAUGCUCACCAAGAACCCGGAAAAGCGUAUCCGACUUCGAGACAUCAAGCGACACCCAUGGGUCGUUCAUGAUAUAGCAAACCCCAUCGGCUGGCUCGAUGACACUGACCCUGCUCGACCUUCAUCUGGUCGCAAGAUUCAAGUUGACGAGCGGGAAAUGUCUUCCGCCGUCGUCCCUCUUACCUUUCUGGAGCGUGCUCGCUCAGUCGUUAAGAAAGCUGUUGGCAAGGUAAUGCACCCCCUCGUGGAAAGAAGUGAUAGCAAAACGCGACAUCGAGCCAACAGUAGUGCCGCUAGCUCCGCCGGCGAUAGUGUCAGCAUGUGCAACAAUGGACCACCAACUCCUGGACAACAAUAUCGUGAUCACCGACGCAAGAGCCUCCGCCCAGAUGAUUACUUUGCAAAUGCGAUGCGAGAUUCUGCACCCGAACAUCCUCUUUCUGUCAGCACGACUGUCACCCCUCAACCUGAAUCUGUCAUCUACGACCCUUUGGCAACCGUCCUUCCUGAGGCUGGCGUUUCUCGUGGCCAUGUGCAUGCUCAUAGUGAGAGUGAGUCUUACCGCGAACCCGAAAAGUCUAUAUCGGCAGCUUCCUUGUGGCCAUUUCAUCGCCACGCACACAGUCAAGGAUAUGCCAAGACUACAUAUCACUUCCUACACUUUGGCCCUACCGCGCCCAUUUCUCAAACCACACCCACAACCCCAAGCUUCGCUAGUCAUGCCGAUUCACAGGAAGACUCAGGAGCCGAGACCAUCCGCAAGACGUUUGACAUGGACCCUGUGGACUCUAUGGAUGAAAGCUCUCGAUCAAAAUCUGUCGAUCGUGGGCUUUUCUCUACUUCCGACAAGCGUGCUGAGGCCAGAGUGGGUGUAAACACCACAGUCGUCCCCGGGAAUGUCCAGGCACCCUCUCGCCAUGGACGACAGCCUAUCAAGUCUGUUGAUCUGGGCAAGAUGUCGCAUCAAAGACGGCUCGAAGCAUCUUUACUCUCGUCAUCACUGGCUGGCGCGGCUGCUGGUCAUCGCCACAGCCAUUCAGAUACUACCUAUGCUACUGACGCGCAUACGGUCACCAAGACGAGACCUCGAUCUCUUCAGAGAAUGGACAGUGCUCCAAUCACCAGAACGUCGCCUACCCGCUAUUCAGAAGAGCUUUGCAUGCGAAGAUGCGACCGCCCCCAUUCAGAACACAUCAGCUUCUCCUGCCCACCCUCGCCUAUUGAGGAGGAAUGGGACCGAGAUGAGCCUCUUCCUCGCGCCGACACCAUGCCCACUACCAAGUCUUCAAGCGUAGAUUCUAUGGAGGCUUUGGCCACCACACCUUCAACCAGUCCAAGCGAAGUCACCAGCCCCGUUUCAGCGCUGCCUUCAACUGCCAGCACGUCGGAGCGAAUGCUGGCAUUCCAGUCCGACCCCUCUUUGCCGGCUCUGCUCAGCGGCGCCAGCUCUGUUUCGGCCGAUAUGGAAGCAGAGCUUCUCUGUAGGCCAGGCAUUGUCAGCGCUCACCCCCAAUUGCUCGAGACUACCGAUAGCUUGACGCCACCGGCGUUUGACAAGGAACCUAAUGGCUUUCCUAUUGAUCAGAUUUAUGGUAACCAAUCUGCCAUGAACAGCGGCUCUCUUGCUGUACACCUUGAGGGUGGUGCUCGAGACUCUAUCACAAGUACCCCUGUCGCUCGCCCUGUAGAGGAUGAGUAUGAUUACGACGAUGGAAGCGAUGAUGAAGAUAUACUGGUGAUGGCCCCCAAGAAGAAGCCAAUACAAAGCACGCAGCGACCUGCAGCGUAUCCUCCAAAGAGACGCGAUACCAACAUUAGCAUCGCAAGCACCGAAACUGCCAAGAAGGUGCCGACCUCUACAUAUGGUGACGAGGGGACGUCGCCCUAUGAACCAUGA